UUCCCCUCUUGAUACCCUGGAGCCGUAGUAGCGCUAGGCACAUUCGGUGCGUUGUAAUUAGGAACGGAGGCACACUGCGACGAUGUGUUGUGCGGUCGGGUUUGGCGCAUCGAGAAUUUGUGAAACGUGAACGCCGAGUGAUAAAUAAAUAAGAUAAAAACCGAGUCCAACCCGUGAGCCGCAAGGCAGGUCGAUUCGCGCGAUCCGAUAAUCGUCUGCAAUUGCGUAAAAAGUGGUGUAAAAAAGCAGACGGAAUAUAGCUCAAGCUCGGUUCAGGGUCGAGGCACGAUAGAUGUCUAAAAGUGUAAGAGUGUGAUAUAUACCCUGGCACACACAACACAUGCGAUGCGAAAUGUCAAAUGCUGAUGCAUGAUUAAAGAACCUUGCGUCGAUGACCUAAGACAUUCAUGAGCAGCGAAUAAUCGUUCGGAAUCUCGGGAAUAAAGGGUAUAUGAUCUAACCGAGGUUCGAUUCACCCACGUGAUUAUUUGACUGUUACAGCGAAUACAUGACAUUCUAGUUCUACCUGCCUGCCCACCUGUACCAGUAUUGGUCAUAAUAUUCCGAGAAAUGAACGGGCUCAAAUUUAUCCUAGAAUAUUAUUAACAGCCGGUGGAGAGCUGGUGAUUCACUUUUUUAUGAUUCGAUCUCGAACACUGCUGUUGCAAAGGAGAUUUUCAACACUUGGUAACAGAGAGAUAAUAGAAGUGAAGAAAGUAUGAGCUCCGUGUGGAAGAGACUUCAAAGGGUUAACAAAAGAGCCGCAAAGUUUCAGUUCACCGUAUCUUAUCACGAAGUAAAUUUGGAAACUACGUCGAAAUGGACGCCAAAUAAGUUGAGCGUUGUGUGGACCAGGCGUAGUAGAAGAGUCAGUUCUGAGCCUCUGCAAUGGGAACCGACCCUCAGCGAUCCCUUGAAGGGAAACAUCAGCUGGCCUGUACCAGACAAUCACAUAGUUUCCGUUACCCUAUUCAAGGAUCCACGAACUCACGAACUGGAAGACAAAGAGUGGACUUUUGUCAUCGAAGAUGUUUCAACAACAGGAAAACGGCGACACGUCGCAGCGACGAGUAUAAAUAUGAAAAAAUAUGCUUCCCUUGAAUCGAGUCAGCAGCAACUAAAAUUAGAGCUGAAACCAACGUCGAAAAAAAUUGUCAGCGCCACAUUGGAGUGCACUUUGUCAUGCGUAUUUCUCAGGGAGGGAAAGGCGACGGACGAGGACAUGCAAAGCAUGGCCAGUUUGAUGUCGGUUAAUAAUAACAGCGACAUCGCGCCGUUGGACGAUUUUGACAAUGAAGAUAUCCCUGAGGACGUUGAGGAAAUUGGUGGUAAAUCUCUGGAAGAGGUUCUCGACAUUUCCGCGCAGUUGGAUCUACUCACUAACAGCCUAACAGAGAGUGAAAUUGCCAGCACACCGAUAAGCGUUGCUAGCUUGUCAAAGGAUGAGACAACACCGGUUAAUGAUAACAACAAUCCGUUUACAAGAGACAUCGCUCAGAUGGGAAGCGGCGGUGAUGAUAAAGUAGAAAAAUCUCCGUCCAAAGAUAACGUUGCGAUUGAGAACGACAAAAACGUUGAGCAAUCCUCGGUGAGACUAUCGCUACAGCCGCUGGAUUUGAAAAAGGGAAUUUCGGACGUCCCUCCAAGGUUUCGAGAGACAACGCCUGGUCAAGACCUCCUCGAGUGGUGCAAAGAUGUGACAAAAAAUUACCCAGGAGUCAAAGUUACCAACCUCACCACUUCCUGGCGCAAUGGCAUGGCUUUCUGCGCUAUUAUCCAUCAUUUCAGACCUGAUUUAAUAGAUGUUGAUACUUUAUUGCUGCACGAUGUCAAGGGCAAUUGCAAGAAGGCUUUUGACGCGGGAGAAGCAUUGGGCAUACCCCGAGUGAUAGAGCCGGCUGAUAUGGAAAUUUUAACUGUACCUGACAAACUGGCCGUCAUGACGUACCUGUACCAACUCAGAGCUCACUUUACUGGACACGAGCUUGAGGUACAACAAAUUGGCAAAACAGCCGACGAAUCUUCCUACAUGAUCGGCAGAUUUAAUACAGACAACAACACUGAUGUUACGGUACAAUUGUUUGGUCAGGAAAUAAUAAAUUUACGUAAAAAAGAGCAGAGUGAGCAACGGAAUAACAAGACUGACGGUAACAGAAGAUCAAAUCCGUUCGACUUGAAACGGGACGAAAGCGGUAUAGAAAGUCUUAAGAACAAACUACAUCUGAGUCUUAAUACCGAUCUUAUGGAUCACGAUCAGCACGGCAAAGAUAAAUCACCUUCAAGCGUGAAAGACGUUAAGGACAUAAUUUUGGCUGGCUCGAAAAGUUUUCUGGGCAAAGUUCUGUCGCCCACUAAAGAAAAGCAUGCGGCGAGAGAAAAGAGUAAAUCCCCAUCUAGAACUGGUCAAAUAACUCAACCACAACCACCGCAGCAGCAGCAGAGGCCAGUUUUAAUGACACGCAGACAACUAACGGAUCCCUUCGGUUCCGAUGACGAGGAAGAGCUCCAAGUUGUCCAGGAUAAAUCGUCGCAAUCGAUUUCCAUAGCAAAAUCACAGUCCUCUACACGAGACACCGACUCGUUGCAUUCGAUUGAUAGAAGCAGCCGAGGGAGUUCGGAAUGCCGUGGCACAUCUCCGACUUCUACUGACCCACGACUACCGCAUCCUCUUGUCACUCGACAUGAUGAGCUUAAGGAAAGAGCUAGACAACUUUUGGAACAGGCAAGAAAUCAAGCCAAACAACCACCAAUCAAUUCUGCUGCCGCAAGUCCCGUUGAGGGGCAAAGCGACGCUGAGAGGCAGCUUCAGCUACGCGAAAGAGCCCGGCGCUUGAUAGCUGAAGCCAGAAUGGGAGCAGCGGUAAAUACUAGUCAAAUCGGUGAUGAAAAUUCUACCGAAACAAGGAACAUCGACGAUCAAAACAACAGUCCACGUCGCAGCACUACUCCUUCUACACCUUCAACUCCUGGGGAUAGAUUGAGCAUUAAGUCUGAACACAAUGGCAAUGUUCCUACAAGUGCAACAGGGACAACAGACGGAGAAAAGAAAUCGCCGCUGUCGUCAUUUUCAAAAAUUAUGGACAGAAUAUCACCAGAGCAUACUAGUCCUGACGGUAGCAUCUAUUCAACUCGUGGGUUUGGAAAGGACAUGACAACGUACAUCCAAAACGAGUUGGAGGCUCUCGAGAGAGAGCAGAAUCAGAUAGACGUACAGGCUGGAAAGUUGGAAAAGCAGCUUAGAGCGGCGAUGGAAAGCGAUAACGAAGAAGAAACGGAAAGAUUGAUGUCUCUGUGGUUCACUCUAGUCAACAAGAAGAAUGCUCUUCUUAGAAGGCAGAUGCAACUGAAUAUUUUAGAAAAAGAGGAUGAUUUGGAACGUCGUUCAGAACUGUUGAACCGAGAACUUCGCAGCAUCUUGGACGUUUGUGAUUGGCAAAAAACGCCAGAGCAAAAGAUUCGCGAGAAUCUUCUUUUGGAAGAAUUGGUAUCGAUAGUAAACAAGAGAGACGAACUUGUGCAUCACCUUGAUAAUCAGGAACGAGCCAUCGAGGAUGAUGAUGAGAUCGAGCGUGAUCUUUCGCGAGCUGGAUUGGCUCAACGUAACAAAAACUGCGUCGUCCAGUGAGAAUGCCUAUACUGCUUGUCAAAGAUUAUUUCAAGAAUGACGAUACGUCAUGUGGUCAAGGUACGUCCAGUGUUGCUGUGGAGCUGCCAAAGAAUGAAUACACACUUAAUCUGUCCUAAUCAGCCUAUUGAUAAUAUAAUAUAUGACAGUAGGAAUUAAAAAAAAGAAAAUGAAAACACAACGGUUAGUAAAUAAUUUACAAUUAAACGUAUAGGUUACACCUGUACAAUAGAUUCAUUUAUUGAUAUCUUCAACGCGUGUAAAUUUCAAAUAUUGAUAAAUUCUUAAAUAGAAAGUUUUAUUAUUGUAUUGACGCAUUGAUUUAUUAUUACAGUUUAAAAAUUUUUAAAAUUGAAUAGUCUAUUUGAGGAAAACAAAAUUUGUCGAUUUGUGCAUCACCUCUAUUCAUGUUCGCAAUCUGCAACUCGUAACAUGAAGAAAAAAAAGAAAAGCAAUUUAUUGAUUAGUUAUAAUAGUUGGCUACUGAAUUAUAAAUAAUUUAUGUUUAUUAAGUUUAUAUCUAUGGCAUAAGUAGCUGUUAAUUCCUAAUUGUUUGAAAUUCUGAAGGUUGUCUUUUCGUGUGUGCUGUAUUCUUGUUUAUACCCUCGUUUUUCUCUCUAGUUACUUAUUGUUAUUGUUACUCAGUCUUUUCUUUUUUUUUGUAUUAUUAUAAAAAUAUCAGAAGCAUACUCAAGUACGGUGCCAUAGUAUAUAAUGUAUUAUACAUACAUACAUACAUACAUACGUAAGUUGAUUAGUCUUUUCUUUUUCUUUUUUCUAUUACUUUUUACUCUGAUUCAUCUCUAAUACUAUUCUAAUAUUUGAGUCGAUGCCUUGAAUACCAUAGUUUUCAUUAGUUACUCAUAUCUCACUAGAACACAAGACUAUCUUGUAUUAUAUACAGAUCAUCGUCGUGUUCUUCUAACUGUAAUGCUGACAGAAAGAGCAAAAAAAACUUUAUGAAACAGACAAAAAUUUAUCCGGUUUUUAAAUAUAUUAUUUACAUCAAAUAACGACGCAACUCUGUUACAUAGGUAUUAUACUUCUUACUACUUAUAUACAUAAAUAAAUGAUGAGCUUUAAAUUAACGGUGCUCUGUUACUAAGGGCAUACUUAUAAACGUCGCUACGACGAUAUUUUAAUUGACUGGCAAUAUAAUAGCGAAUGAUCCAAGGCAGAACCAAAUAUAUGGUGAAUAUGACGAACGAGUCACGAAAGAAAAGUUUUGAAAAGCAAAGAAAAAUAAUAAACACGUACAAUCAAUUACAGUCACGCUUCACUAUUUGAAACGGAGAAAGAAUACCUAUAUAUUACACGAAUAUCUUGGCAAUCAUAGUUUCAGAAAAUAUUUAUUAACAUUGUGUAUUGUACAUACAAAAUAGUAUAAUAAUUACAAUUGAGUACAGUUUUUUGUAACAAAAAUUACAUCACGCAUUUUAAACUACUUCUGAAUUUUACAAUCACACAAAGAUUAAACAAUAAUAUUUAUCUCUUCGUUAUUCAUGCUAUCACUAGUAACACCAGUUCUAAAAGUACGCGACAUGCCUCCAUGUUAUUUAAAUGUGAAUCGAUUUACUUACUCAAAUAAGAGUUUAACGAAAUCGUGUGAAAGAAUGAAAAACUGUGAAAAAUAGCAUUGUUUCUAGACUGAUCAUUUCCUUGACAUGUAUUUAUAGCGAGUUGGGUGGUCUGAAAAAUUCUAUUGAAUCAACUUUUGUUUUUUAAUUGAUCCACUCAAUUUCUAACUCCACAUGAAAUUUGGCAAGAGAGAUCGUAAAUCAGCGAGCUCACAUGUGAUUAUUUAAAUAACAUUUAUUAUAGCGGCAUUGUAAUACUGUAUCAAUGUAAUUUUUUGGUUAUCAAAGCAUACUGUUUAAACUAUAAUAUCCAUUCGUUCAUCGCUCAGACAAAUUUUUAUUUAUGUCAUCAUACAAGGACAUCGUGAAUGUCUACUCAUGUGUUUGUAUACAAAAAAUACAAGAAAUAUACUUAUUCUUGCCAACAA